GGAGCCGGGCCGGGGCCGGCUGUCGGCGGCGCCCCUACUUCAGGUGUUGCGGCGGUUCCACGUCGCCAGGCGGUCCGCUGCUUCCGUGAGCUCAGGCUUCCCUCAGUGUCCGGAGCGCCGGCCCUUCGGCUCCCGCGCGGCCAUGGCGGGGCCGGGCCCGGGCGCGGGAGACCCGGACGAGCAGUACGAUUUCCUGUUCAAGCUGGUGCUGGUGGGCGACGCUAGCGUGGGCAAGACGUGCGUGGUGCAGCGCUUCAAGACGGGCGCUUUCUCGGAGCGCCAGGGCAGCACCAUCGGCGUCGACUUCACCAUGAAGACGCUGGAGAUCCAGGGCAAGCGGGUCAAGCUGCAGAUCUGGGACACGGCUGGCCAGGAGCGAUUCCGCACCAUCACCCAGAGCUACUACCGCAGUGCCAACGGGGCCAUCCUCGCGUACGACAUCACGAAGAGGAGCUCCUUUCUGUCAGUGCCUCACUGGAUCGAGGACGUGAGGAAGUACGCAGGCUCUAACAUCGUGCAGCUGCUGAUCGGGAACAAGUCGGACCUGGGCGAGCUCCGUGAGGUCCCCCUGGCCGAGGCGCAGAGCCUGGCGGAGCGCUACGAUAUCCUGUGCGCCAUCGAGACGUCUGCCAAGGACUCGAGCAACGUGGAGGAGGCCUUCGUGAGGGUGGCCACGGAGCUGGUGGUCAGGCACGGCGGCCCUCUGCUCAGUGAGAAGGGCACCGACCACAUCCAGCUGGAUAGCAAGGACAUCGGAGAGAGCUGGGGUUGUGGCUGCUGACCAGGGUGCAGGGCAGGCAGGCAGGGGCCGCCCCACCUCCUCUCUCUCUCUCUCUCUGGCCUGUCGGGCCCACCCCUCCAGAGCUGGCCAUCCAUGGCGCCAGCGAUUCUAGAGCAGCUGGAUAAAGUCCUGGAAUUAUCCAUUCCGUGGCCUGGGUACUUGAUGGGAAAGCUACCUUCGAGGAAGGAAGAAGUGGGGUACCUUCUGAGGGAGACCUGGUGUCAUACAGGGUGUAGAGUGUGGGGCCCAUCCUGCCAGCCGGUGGCUGUCCCCUCUGCGUCGUUCACGGUCCAGGACUGGCCCGGGCCUGCCUGGGUGGACCACAGCGGGAGAGGGGCCAGGAUGUGCCUCCCCUGCGCCGCAAGUACUGGUUCUGACCAUUUCACACCUUGCGUCUUGCUGUGGCUGUGGCGGCAGGUUGCUGCCCUCCAGGGAUGUGGCUGGUGCCUUGGGUUCUUCCGGGUCAUUCCAGGGCCUCUGUGCAUAGCCCCAGAGAGUGAGAGCAACUAGCCCGACAGACUCGGUUCCUGAGCACAGCCCCGGGGAAGCCCUAACUCCUUCCUGGCGAGGAGCCUUCUUCCUUUCUUCACUGCCAGCUCUAAGCUCGCAGAUAGCUUGGGGCUUGGCUUGCUGCCUUAGCAAGACCUCUCAAGUUUUCUGGUUUCCCGUGUAGCUUCUUGUUUUCAUCAGCACAGGUAUGGGGUCAUGGCCCACAGCCAAGCAGGGACUGUCUGCUGGCCUGGGGCCCAAAGUUUUGCCACUCAGGUUGCAAAACCAGCUGAUUCUUCAGCAUCUACUCUCAGAAUUUGGGGGGCUUGGGGAAUGAGAUAGGAAUGUGGACAUUUAAGGGAAAAGUAAAAGCUGGUGUCCCUGAGGCUAAGGUCCUGAAAGGGACCCUCAGGACACCUGGUCUGACCUGUGCAGAAGCCCCUCCUGCCACCUUCAGAGCAGCAGCUCCCCCACUGCUUCCAGUCUAGCUUACGGUUUCCCGAAAGAAGAAGGCAAGGCCCCAGCAGUCCUGGGUCUGGCCGUUUCAUCCUCCUGGGCCCACCUGCCCUUAACGGCCUCGGCGUGUGCUGCGUGCUGAGGUUAGAAGGCAGGUGGGGGCUGGCAUCACCGGGGCUCUUGGAAGCGCACCGUCCUCUGGGGGUAGUUCAGGGGAUCACAGGGAUGGAGCUGGGGGAGGCAGGUGAUCUUCCUGUACCACCCAGGCCCUCCGUGUCAGCCCAGUCUAGCUCCUUAGGCCCCCCUCCGUGUGGGGCCCCAGGAAAUACACUGCUGUCAGAGCCAUGGGCAAGGCCACACCAUGAAGGUGGAGCCCAGGGAGCGCCCCUGGCCCAGCCCUGGGCCCAGCGGUGGGCCACAGGCCUCCAGCUAACUUCCCUUGCCUUGUACUUCCCACCCUUUGGCCUGCAUCACACCCUCGCCCAGGCAGGCCCGUCUGCAGAGCCAGAAGCCAGACCUUCUGCAGCAGCCAGACCCACAGCAGGGGUCUGUGGGUCUGGACUUUAUCCAGCUGCUCUAGAAUCGCUGGCGUCUGGUGAAGCAGGGUCGGACACGGAGGGCUUCCCUGGCUGAGACCGAGACAGGCAGGGCUGGGGACUCCGUUUUGGGCAGGGAGGCAGCCCUGGGACAGCUGAGCCUGGUUCUGGAGAGGAAGGAUGUUGACCUGGUUGGACCAGGAGCUACUGAGCAGGGGCCUGCACUGAGGGGAAGCAGCCCACUGGUGGCCGGGUGGGGUGGGACCUGGGAGCAAGAAGGCCACUUGGCUUCCUUCCUCACUGGCCUUGCCGGUGGGAUGGGGUGAGUGGGGCCUGGGGCCCAGCUGCUGGCAGGGAGAACUGGUGUCUGCCGGGCCCCUCCACUGCAGUGCCUGGGCUCUACCUGCAAAGUAGAACGUGCCUAUGACUGAGGCACAUUUGGGCCAAGGGCAAGGGUCCUCCAGCCCCAUGACCUCUGCUGGGGGCUGAUGUUUGGGCAGAGCUGAGCAUUCAACCUGGGCCCAAGCUGGAAGAGAAACCUCAUGAAGCCUGACCUUGCAGAGAUCUGCUGCUUUGGGGGGCGGUGGCGGGGAUGCAGGGGGUCUUGGGGCACAGGCCUGGGCCUAACCGCCCCCCGCCCCCCGUGAUUGACUUGCAGCCUCAGUUCCCACUGAGCCCUACCCAUUGUUACCUGUUGUCCUUCUCUGCCUUAGGGCUGGGAUGGCUAGGGAAUGCGGGAGGCCAUUUCAUUCCAUCUCCUUCACAGGGACGCCCUGGGCUGCCCUGAGGAUCCAGGGCAGGCACAGCAACAGGCAGCUGGCUGGUGACAGGGGUUUGGACUCCAAACCACCCCCCUCCUCCUCCAGACCCCGGGGUUGGAGGCCUGAAACCUUGCAGAGGCUUGGCAGAGAAGAGAAGGGAGCAGCCAGCCCAGCCAGGACCAGGGAGGUUUCUGCCCACUGGCAGCCUUUAGCUCGCCCAGCAACCACGAAACACUUCCCUUUCCUGUCUUUCUCAGUUCCAAGGUGUCCAGAACACUGGGCUGAGUGGCCUCCUGCCACCCCAUCCUCCAGGUACCACGGCAACCAGGGAUUUUAGCUUAGAAAUCCAGGGGUUGUCUUAGGCUCCUCUCUCUCUCUCUCCACCCUACCGCAGUGCUGGGGUCCCACCUCCACGCUGCUCCCCUGGACGCCUCCUGGACCUCCUUGGCCCCUGGGCUUCUAGCCUGUGCAGACCGAGGCCCCCUCCCGCUGCAGUCAGCGUGGCAGUGGCAAAAGGUCACACUGAUGCUGCCCCCUCACCUUCCAGGGUGCCUGGGGUCCUCGGGGUACGGUCCAUGCUCAGUCUGGAUGUCCAAGGCCUCCACAGCUCUGCCCUGGCUUCUCCCCAGCACCUUGUCCCCCCGGAGCACCCUCUGUCCAGGCUGCCCCCUUCCCACCCUCCCCCGCACUCACCCAGCCUUUAUUCCUGUCGUUUAGAGUCCCACAGAUGACCCACCUGGACACCCCUGAGAACUGGCCCCAUCCCAAGCUAGCCCCUUGCUCCUAGUACCCCCUGGCAAGAAUGAGUUCUUUGUCCCCCUCUUCCUCAGCGGGAGCCAUUUCCUACAAGGCUCAAACAGACCCAUUUCCCAGCUUCGGCCCCAAAUUCAAAUGCUAGUGCUCAGGGCCUGACGCUGGUGUGGGGGGUUGACCGCAUGCCAGCUGGGCUGCCUGUCUGUAGGGCCGGGUCGGGCGGGGCCCUCACUGUCUCCUGAGUCUCUGUCUUCUGUCACUUGGGGACCCAAACUCGGGUUAAGAGAAAAUGGGGAAGUGCUGAGACAGAACACGACCCACCUCUGUUUUCUCCCGCAGCAGGCCCAGGGCUUCUGGGGCCAGAGAGCCUAAUCUCUUCCUCUGUUUAUAAAUUACCCAAGAGCAGGAACAGGUGGGGUCAGGGGCCAGGGUGUGGGAGAGGAGGCGGGGGACAGGGCCAGGAAGUGUCCUGGCAGCAAGCAGGCCCAGGGAGAGCACUGUCUGUGGCCUGAGUGGGGCCGGUAUGACACGGGCUAAAGAACCAGAAGGCUGGUGUUUUAGCAGCGGGGCAGGCAAGGGACACGGAUUGUGAUUCCCAAGCCGGAGAGGUGGGUUCCUGUCCUGGAAGCGGGGUUCAAGGACAUCAGGCUGCAGCAGGCAUGGAGCUAGAGGAAGCUCCUAAUUCAUAUUGAAUUCAGUUACUCUUUCCUAGGAGGGCUGCCAGGGGUGGGGCCUCAGGGACCCGCUGCACCCUGCUGGCCUGGACCGUUUGGCUGUGGGGAGGGCCUCAGCCAAGUCCAGUGAUGCCAUUUGCAUUUGGGGAUUUUUCACAUUACCUAUUUAUGAUACAUAAAUCUUUAUAGCAAAUCUAUUUUUUGAAACAUGGAAAAGUUGCCUUUAUGGAAACAGCAGAGCCAGAGUGUACACAUUCCUAAACCAUUAAACAGAUUUCUGCAAAGAGA